AUGGACAACUUCUCUAGCAAAGUGAGGGUGUUCGAUGCUUUCCCGAAAGUGUCACCAGAACAUUCUGUUCGGUCCUCCAGAGGUGGUCUUUCGUCCGUGUUUACCAUCCUCUUUGGACUUUUCAUCCUCUGGAUCCAGAUUGGUGGAUUCCUCGGUGGAUACAUAGACAGACAGUUUUCUGUCAACAAAAAAAUAGAGCUGGAUCUCGACAUUAACGUUGAUUUGAUGGUAGCCAUGCCUUGCGACUCGCUUGUUACGAAUGUCAUGGAUAUCACGAACGACAAUUUCCUUGCCAGUGAGGUGCUCAACUUUGUGGGCGUGGACUUCAUUGUGCCGCCAUAUUUCAACAUCAACAACCAGAAUGAUCAUCAUAAAACACAGAACUUGGACCAAGCCAUGGAAGGUUCACUCCGAGCUGAAUAUGCUGUCAAGGGUAAGCGUUUCAAUACAGACGCACCAGCAUGCCAUAUCUUUGGUCUGAUUCCAGUGAACCAUGUCAAGGGUGAGUUUUUUAUUGCCCCCAAGGGUGCGAUGUAUUAUCUGAAGAAUUCUGUUCCGUUGGAUGAGUUCAACCUCUCUCAUUCAAUUUAUGAGUUUUCAUUUGGUGAAUUCUACCCAUUCAUGGAUAAUCCAUUGGACUUCACCGCUAAGAAGACUUCUGAAAAGGCGCAAGUGUACAACUACUAUGCUAAAGUGGUUCCUACCUUGUAUGAGAAAAUCGGCCUCGAGAUAGACACAUACCAGUACUCGCUUACUGAAAUACACCACAAGUCCAGAGGAAGAGGUUACACACCACCAGGUAUCUUUUUCACCUACUCCUUCGAGCCUAUCAAACUUUCGAUACGUGAGAAGCGUAUUUCAUUCUUUGCAUUUGUUUCCAGAAUUGCCACCAUUCUCUCGGGAUUGUUUAUCGCUGCUGGAUACCUUUACAGGCUUUACGAGAGGGUCUUGUUGGUGCUUUUCGGUAAGAAGUUUGUUGACAGAAACAGAGAGAAGAAAGAGGGUGGGUUGUUAGACCACCUGGUCCCACAAAACAAGGAUUACUAG